UCUGCAGCUCAGAAAGAGAGGGAGGGAGGCAGAGAGAGCGCGAGAGCGAGAGAGAGGAGGCCGGGGAUAAAGCACGGAGAAAGCCUGGAUCGGUUCCGCUGUGCGCGUGCAGAUGUGUACCGUAUACAAGGCAACGGCGCGUGAACUUGAGGAGUUUUAUUCGGUUCAAGACAAACCGGACAUCUCCUCCGGAGAGGUCUGAAGGGGGACUCACCUGGUUGCUACGGAGACAGUUUUAAUAUUUUAAUCGGUUACCAAGCAUUGCCAUGCCGUCCAACACUACCACACUGCCACCAUCAGAGGACCCCACUACACACAUGAGUGAAGACAGAGCAGUCCAUGUGGGCCCAGAGGAGGGGAGUUUAGCCAGCCCACCCGCACUCUGCAGAGUUGAUAGACCCAACAGACAACACAACCACACUCUUUCUGACUCGUGUGAGAUGGCACCCCCCACACCCCCAGAGGAAGUUGACCCUUCCCCUCGCAGGAAACGUGGCAGGCGGAAAAUGGAGCCUCUGGAGCCGAAGGACCCCAACAUGGAGGGGGAAGGCAGCAGGCUGCGCAGAAGGCCGGUUCCCAGAGAGACCUUUCAGGCUGGAGAUCCUUUUUACAUCAGCAGGAGACAGAGAGACAAGUGGAUCAACUGCUGGAGUAGAGAGGCUGAGAUGCGGGCCCACCAAGAGGAUGUGAUGAGCGUGAUGGAGAACCUAUCAGAGCCAGAGUUUCAGAAGGAGGAGGAGCCAGUAGCCAGUUUAGCCACUCCCACACCCCAGCAACACACUGACCCCGCCUCUCCCACCAUCGCCAUGACGCCAGAGCCUGUUGCCAGGGGCCACCGGGCCACACCCAGAGAUUCAGAGUACAAGGAUGGUAGAGGGUUUGGUUUGGGCUGUCUGGUGUUCGGGAAGCUGCGUGGGUUCUCCUGGUGGCCUGGGCGCAUCGUCUCCUGGGUGAUGAGUGGGAGGAGCCGUGCAGCAGAGGGAACACGCUGGGUCAUGUGGUUCGGAGACGGGAAGUUCUCUGUGGUGUGUGUAGAGAAGUUGAUGCCGCUGAGCUCCUUCUCCUCAGCCUUCCACCAGCCCACCUACAACAAACAGCCCAUGUACAGGAGGGCCAUAUAUGAGGCACUACAGGUACAGGUGGCGAGCAAGCGUGCCGGCAGGCCUCUCCCCUCUUGUGAUGGUGGUGAUGAUGCAGAGGGUGGGGGGGCGGAGCUACAGAAGCAGAACAGGAAGUUGAUAGAAUGGGCCAUGACAGGCUUCCUGCCCAGCGGACCUCAGAGUCUGGACCCCCCUGAUGAGGAGAGACACCCAUAUAAGGACGUGUAUCCUGAGAUGUGGGUGGAGCCAGAGGAAGCUUACACCCCGCCCCCUCCGACCAAGAGGCCCCGCAAGAACGUUGCUGAGAAACCCAAGAUCAGAGAGGUCAUCGAUGAGGGGACUAGAGAGAGACUCAUCCAAGAGAUCAGACAGAAGACCAGGAACAUGGAAGAUAUCUGUAUCUCCUGUGGUAGCCUCAACGUCUCUCUGGAACACCCUCUCUUCAUCGGAGCCAUGUGUCAGAGCUGCAAGAACUGUUUCUUGGAGUGUGCGUACCAAUACGAUGAUGAUGGAUACCAGUCGUACUGCACUAUCUGCUGUGGAGGACGGGAGGUCUUGAUGUGUGGAAACAACAACUGCUGCAGGUGUUUCUGUGUGGAGUGUGUGGAUCUUUUGGUGGGUUUGGGUUCGGCGUCAGCUGCGAUCAGAGAGGACCCCUGGAACUGCUACAUGUGUGAAACACACAACACACACGGGUUACUACGACGACGCGACGACUGGCCGUCACGACUACAGGUGUUCUUCGCUAACAACCAUGAACAGGAAUUUGUAAGUCAAAGGUCACGUAGAGAUGUUUACAUGUUUUAA